UAAUCGCUCGUCUUUGAUGCAGAGUUGAAUAUUCUGAACUUUUGAGUUCAAUCAGUUUGUUGUAAAUUGCUCACUUUUAGAACUGUAGUUUAGCCUUAUAAACAUUAUUACGAACGAACUUUUCUUACUGCACUGCUAGACUCACGUUUUGGAUAACACCUAAUGCUUGCUUUGUUGUUGUGUUCGUGUUGGUAAGGUGUUGAGAGUUGUGUCAAUUUGAAUAUAAGUAACUUUGUAGAAAUAGCUUAUUUUGGACUGAAAAAUAGCAAAUUGUGUUACAUUUUGGAAUUUAGUUCCCACACACAUUUAGAAAUAUCUCUUGAUUCGGUUUAAUGCCAUAUUUUCCAUAAUGAAACGUAAUAAUCCAUUUUCUUCUUCGGAGGAAAAUAAAAACGGUGGUUCAGGCAAUAAACAGUGGUGUCCACCGCCAACUUCCUCAUGCAGCACCGAACCUAAUUCUACUACUGAUUCAGAAACGCAAAAGACAGUUCAAAAUCCAGCUACUGACCCACAGCGUUCAGAAGCUGCUUCAUUACCUACCACUUCAACAACACAAUCUUACUCAUGGCUUGGCCCAUCUUCAAACCAAAAUCCAUUUAUAAUGCCUUAUGGCAGAACAUGGACUGAUAAUCGCAUGUACGGAAUGCCCAUUUCUGACCCUAACAUGACUGUUAACUCAACAGUGAUGUCAUACAUGAGGAAUGAAGAUAAUGUGGGAGGUCUACUGCGGCGAGAAACAGAAGGUGGCUCUAAAGAUUCGCAACAAGCUGCUGGUCGGUCACCGUCACCUUUGCCUACGUUCACAGCUGAAGAGGUUGAUAAAGUAAAUGAAAUGCUCAAAGAGAAGAAUACUCUUCGUCAAGGUUUGAAAGUCCUCACAGGAUGGUUAAAGCGAGGAGAUUGUAAUAAAAGUAAUAACAAUGAUUUUAUAGACAUGAUUAAAUACGCUCACAAUCAAGUGUGGAGAUUGAUGAGUGAAAAAACUCAAAUAAAAGAAGAGCUUAAUGAAGAAAAAAGAGAAGUGUCUAAAGGUUUAAGUAAUUUAUCAGACCAAUUUGAAGAAAUUUGUCGUGUUAUAGAAGUUUCCAGGAAGCAGAAAGUAUGGGAUCAGUUCACCAAACCGCAGCGUAAAAAUAUUAGUUACUGGAGAGAAGAGGCCAUGAAGCUGAAACGGGUCCUCACGAGCGAAGAGGACGAUGACGACGAAGACGUGAACGAUGACGACGUGAACAGAUCUCCCGAUAGUAGCCAGGAUCACGAAAAAGCUGAACUCAAAAAGGAAUAUCAGGAGCUUAAAGAACAGCUUGAUAAUUUACAAAAUCAGCUUCAAGGUGCUGAAAAUGAGAGUGACAUAAUUCAACGAGAAAUACAGGAAAAGGUUCAAGAACAAGAAUAUUCUGUUGACAGUUUAAAAGAGAGGUGUUUAGGAUUCGAUGCAAGCAUCGCAAAGCUAAAAAAAUAUAAAAUGGAAGCUUUAGCUUCUAAGUUGAAAAAGAAUGAACCUAAAAAUCUCGAGCAACCUAAUUUGUGCCAUAACCAAACUUCUGCUAGAAGAGAUAAUCCAGAUGGAAUUGAUAUUCGACAGAGAGAAGUCUUUCUUCUUACUUUAAUUAGCACCUUUCUUUAUGUUCAUCCGUUUGGGGCUAGUCUUGAUUACAUAUGUUCCUAUCUUAUAUCUUUUGCUCCUUACUUGAACUCUAGAUAUUUGGAAAGCUUAUUAACCAAGUUUCCUGAGGUUUUUAAGGAAGAAAAACGUGGUAUUGGUGCUUCCUUGUCUAGGAGUUGGUAUUUUAUGGGAUUCAAAGAAGACAAAUGACAUUUUGCUUCUUGCUAAGAAUUUUUUUUAUUUAAUUUUUACUUCUUUAUUACAUCAGUAUUGAGUUAGCUUUAAAGGUUGUCUAAGUUUAAUUAACUCUAGAUCCUUAGACUGUUUUGUUCUAGGCUAAGUUUAGGUAUAUUACACUUAACUGCUGAGCAUUAUUUUCAGUUUAUUAACAUAAUUUCUUGUUGCAUUUUUAAAAAAUUUAUUGGUGCUUCUUUUGAAUCCCAUAUGUUGAUAUUAUGGGAUAUAAAAAAGAUGACAUUCCCCUUUAUUCAUAACAUUCCUCAUCUGCUUAUUGUAAAAAAAGUAAAAAAAAAAAUCUCUUUUAAAUCAUUAUUAUAAGGAAACUUUCUAAAUUAAGUAAAUUUUAAAAAUAACAUCAGGCAAAAUUUUCUGCCGAGCUUUGUUUUCACUUUAUUAGUAUUUUUGAUGCACUGAAAAAUAAGGUAUAACCGAUGUUUUUUGUCUAAGAUUUGUAUUGCAGUGGAAAGUCCCAUAUCUGGAAUCGUUGGGAGUUUGGAUAAUAAGUUAAGGUAAUGAAAGAUCAAAACAUGUGUUAUUAAACGAAAAAAAGAAAAGAAAUUUGUAGACAAUAAUGGACUACAUUCUCGAGCAGCAAUGUUUUCUUAUAGGUUGAAUGACAUUCAAAAAAUCAAAUAUUUAGUAUAACAAAAUGUAAUUACGUAUAUAAAUAAAUGAGGGCAGAUAAUAUUAUCUGAUUAAAAACUUGAUUCACUUUUAAAAUAUAUAAAUAGGAAAUAACAGUUGACGUGUUUCAAGUGCUCCAAAAAUAGAUGUCCAUUUUCAAGACUUGUCAGAUGUGAAUUGGAAGGCUCUCAUUCACAUGUGCCAAGUCUUAAAAAUGGAUGUCUAUUUUUGGAGUGCUUGAAACAUGUCGACUGAUAUUUCUCAUUUAUGUAUUUUUGAAGCUUUUUAAUCAGAUAAUAUCUUAAAACUUUAGUUUUGUAGGAUUACUUAAGUAGAUAAUAAAUUGAACUAUCUCUUUCAUGAAUAUGUGUUUUUCUUUUCCCUAAUGUUAUGAAGAAUUAGUAGCACAGAUUAUCAGAUAAAAAUAACAUAAAAAAAGCCAUUAAAGAAUUCUAAAAAUUAAUUUAAAAAAAAAAAACUAAAAGUAAGAACAGGGGGAGAUUUCCGUAUCGUGAUCUGUGGCAGAAUAAUCGCCAAAUCUGGAAACUUCCUGGCAGUGACCCACGAGAACUUUAAAAAAAACAUCACAGAGAGGGACCAAUUGGAAAGGUAUAACUCGUAGCACCUCCCGAGAAACAUCUACAUGUUUUAUUUUCUUUUUAAAAUUUGUAAGUAUAAAAUCUAUUUGGCACCUUGGCGAAUGUAGUUGGUGUGAUAGAUCACAAUACGGAAAUAUCCCCACUGUUGAUAUUCUACUUCAUCAAUAUUCAUAGUUUAUUCUUUCUUAUCCACAAACUUGGAUUUUCUUUAACUGCUCUUGUCUUUUCAACAGCCUUUUUAGUGUGCUUAAUGAGACAAAAUAAAGGAUGUUAAGCUAUCAGAGAAGAGAGAGCAAGAAGAAAUAAUAUUAAAAAACUUUUCUAAUACUUUUUAACAAACCGCAAGCAUAAGAAAAAAAAUGAUUGUUCAAAAGUGUCCCAAAAAUAGAUGCGUCUGGUAAACGGAUGUCCAGAAAUGGGGCUUAGUACUGUAUAAGAAAAUAAGACUUCGCAGAAUUUUUAAAAAAAAUUUACAAAACCUAUUUUGAUUUUAUUUUAGGGGAAUAUUUCCAUAUCAUGAUCUGUCACGCCAACUACAAACGUCAAGGCGCCAAAUAGAUUUUAUAAAAAUCAGUUAAGGUUUGCUAGAGGGUAGGUAGUUAUGGUCCCAUUCUGGGAUUUUUUUUUAGCUUCUCGCAGGCUGCUGCCUGGAAGUUGUCAAGACUUGACAAUUAUUCUGCUGCAGAUCAUGAUACAGAAAUCUUCUCUAUUUAAACAUUACAUGUUUAUUUCACAAAAAUUACAAGCUCAAUACACCCUUUUUAAACAUAUAAGUAAUGAUAUCAUUGUGAGUUUAGUUGUGAAGUUUUUUUGUAUUGAUAACAUGUGACAUUUUUAUUUUAUUCAUAUCAUAUUUUGUAAAGAAAUAUUCUUAUAUGUUCCUUCGUUGAAAGCAUUUUUGUUUUCAACUGUUUGUUUCUUGAGUGUGUUGUGAAGAAAUAAGGUAAGGAAAAGAACUGAAACAGCAAACUUGCAGAAAUAUUAUAUAAAUUAGUAUAAAAUUUUGAAGUAUAAAUUCUUUGGUUAAAGCUGUAUAUAUCCAUCGUAGUUUUCUGCUGGUCGGAAUUAUUUUUUUCAAAUUUAAACUGUCACUAGUAUCUGCAAUUCCGAUAAAGAUUGAUAUCUCUGUUAAUGUCAUUUAGAUAUUUUAAUUGAAGCUCUAAUUGCAUAAUUUUCCAAUUGUGAUGUAUUUUUAAUUAUUGUAAGCAUCGUAAGUGUUAUUCACCUAAAAAAAACUUAUUACACAUGUUAUAGUUUUUAUUACAUGUUUGAUACAUUGGAAUGAUUGCUUUUUCAAGAUAUUGAGUCAUCUUUUUUUUUUUUUUUUUUUAAAUCAGUCUUUAUAUUUAGCUUUACAUUCUCACGAUUUUUGAAUUAAUGAUAUCAAGCAACUGUUUCUAAAAUGUUUGUAGGUAUUUAAGAUAUCGUGUGAUUUCCUAUUUAACUAGUCUUUAAAGUCGGGAAGGGGUCAAAAGAGUUAAGAAAAACUUGAUAGAAAUUCAGUAAGUUAAACAUUUAUAUUUUGGUUUUGAACGUUUCUAAUUUUUAAUCUAAUGUUUUUAUUGGUAGUCCCUGAUCUAUUAGUUUUUAUUUUGCUUUUUUUUUUAAAGUAUCCAGGAAACAAAUAAUAAUAAUAAUAAAAAAAAAUUCAUAAUAAGAAAUAAUUUUUAAUGAUGUUUUUCUUUGAUAAUAUACUAAAUAUCUACUACAGGAAACUAGUACCUAAGCUUUCUUUGUUAUUUUAUUAUUUCUUCCCUAUAAUGUUAUAAAUUUUAAACUUCUUUAUACAAAAACUUGAACUGAUCAUAUUGAAUCUCAAAAUAAUAAUUUCAUAAUCGUUAUGUUGGGAGUUGGUAUAAUUAAGCUUGAGAUUAAAAUCGUUUUAGCAUUUUCUCAUUUCUACUACUUCUUUAGAAAAGGAUUUUUAUUUGUUAUAUGUUUAUUGUCUGUUUAGUCGCACCUUUAUAAGAUCUGAACUAAUUUCUUUACAUUAGUCCACUGCCAAUUAAUUUUUAUAAAGUGUUACAAAAUAGCAAAUUCCAAAUGGUCAGUAAAACCAUUAAAUUUUUAGUUAAUUGUUUGCCUCCUUUAUAUGCAUCUUCUUUUUAUGUUUAUAGAUUGUUUACCUCCUUUAUAUGUAUGUCUUAAGUGUAAUUUAAUAACUGAAAAACCCAGUAGUACAACCUCGUUGCUUUCUUUAACGGGAAACCAGUUUACCCCAUUUUAGUCAAUGAAGAUUUUGUGUUUAUCAUAGAAACUUUUGUACAAAUUUGCCCUAGUGGCGAGGCAGUUAAAGGGUUAAUCAUCUAUCUUAUUUUAAAGAGAAUUGUUACUUUUUUUUCUCAUUGAUUUUGUAUAAUUAUGAAUAUGUCACAAGUCUGUGUAUCUAAUAGAUGUGGAUGUAUGUUUCAUUAAUGUCUGGCAAAAACUUUGUAUGUGCAAAGACUGUAAUAAAUAUGCUCCAAUAUUGUUGCA